AAAACAUUUGCUGUAUUUCGUGUGGAUUCCAAACACCAUUUGAUGUCAUUAUUAUCAAUGUUAGGCCCGAGUCCUGACUGGAUAGUAGGCGUGAGUGCACUCGAACUCUGCCUUAAAAACUGUUCGUGGAUUACAGAGAAAGUGAUGAAUCUGUAUCUAUGGGACGCCGGAACCGAUUCCGGUAUAACAUAUUUAGCGCCAAAUUUCCCGACCGUUCCUCAGGAGAGGAUAAGAAGGAUCACAUCUACGAACCCAAACCACGCCGAGUCUCCCUUCUAUGACUCGACCGGCGCCAGAAUGAAACCCAUCGCGAAGUUAACGGUUUCUCGACAAAGGAUUUACGAGAAAGCGUGCGGAGACGACACCAACAAAUUGUCACCCGUUUGUGUUGGCUAUGACUGCGAAGACAAUGAGGACGACUCUAGACCCGACUGUCAGGUGACUGAAUGGACAGAAUUCACUCCGUGUUCGGCCACUUGUGGACACGGAAUACGAAUGAGAACUCGAAACUACAAACACGAACAGAUCGCUCGACAGAUGAGUUGUUUGACUAAAUUGAUCGAAAAGGAAAGCUGUGAAGUCAAGUGCGUUAAUGACGUGAGUUGUGCCACAACUUCGUGGUCGGAAUGGCAAGAAUGCAGCGCUGUUUGUGGCAAAGGAUUCCGCACUCGGACUCGUAAAUUCAUGAGUCGAAUGGCACGCAAACUGUGCACUCAAGUGGAGCUAAUCGAGAAGGAUAUCUGUAUGGGUCCGCAGACACAGUGUCAGGAAAACGAGGAAAUUGACCCCAAAUGCAGUGUCACUCAAUGGUCAGAGUGGACGCCCUGUACGGUCACGUGUGGCAAAGGCGUCAAAAUCAGAACCCGUCUCUUCAUGAGUCCGCGACAGUCUUCCAGCAUUUGUACCAUUGAUUUGAUCCAAAAGGCUCCCUGUGUUGCCGAUAAGAUUGACUGUAAGGUAGACUUAAGUGAGGCCAAAGAGAUUUGUAUGCAGAACAAGGAGGUGGGCCCGUGUCGGGGAUAUUUCCCCCGUUAUUAUUAUGAUGCGAGUAAAGGCAUGUGCUAUCAGUUCAUAUACGGCGGCUGUCGGGGCAAUAAAAACAAUUUCGAGAGAUAUCCCGAUUGUAAGCGAAUGUGCGAAGACAUGCUUAAGAACUUCGUUCAGGCAUCUCUACCCCCGUCUACCAUUGCUUAUGCAAAUGCUAUGAAAGACGCAACCGUUCAUCUCGAGAAAGGCCUCUUGACGCCGUGGUCUCAAUGGACUCCGUGUUCGCGUUCGUGUGGAAGCGCUCGCAAAGAAAGGAGACGUGAAAUCAAACUUAACGCACAAAACGGCGGCAAAGCGUGUCCUAAAAGACUGGUUCAAAGAAGGAAAUGCAAAGAUAAUCCCGAUUGUGACCAGUUACCAGUCGAUUGUAAAAUGGGUUCGUGGGGUGAGUGGUCUACCUGUUCAAAGACAUGCGACGGACAGGGCUUCAGAUUUCGUCAAAGAAGUAUUUCUGUCAACGCUUCCAACGGAGGCAUCGCUUGCGGACCGCAAUUCAAUCGAGAAAUCUGUGAAAACUUUAGACCUUGUUAUUAAUGUGUCACCAAAAUGACCCCGAUUAUUGUUUUCAUUAUGUCUAAUGAAUAAAUGUCUGAUAAGUCUUCCUCUAUUUAUUGUCGUAAAUACAACACAAUUGAAGCCUUAAUUGAAGUAAUCAUUUGGUCUACUGUUGGAAGCAAUCAAUUCAAAUAAAGUCAUUCUUUUGUAGACUAUUUCUACAUAUUAUAUACAAAAA